AUGACUUUUGUCAAUUAUAUAUCAAAUUUUUUAUAAGAAUUUGUAAUGAUAUUUUUUGCUCAGUGUUUUUUAAUAUUUUUAUCAACUGUAACAGCUAAGGACAAAUAUGUAUUUCCAUAUAGAAAUAAAAUUGGUUUUUGUAAACAAACUAGUAACUACAAUAAUAUUUUGGAAAAUCCUUGGUACUUAUUCCUCUUAAUAAUAUUAGGAAUUAUUUUUGUUCUUAUGUUCCUGGGCCUAAUAAAAGGUUUGAUAGGCAUUUGCUGUUCAAGAUUUAUUGGAGAAAUGGGAUUAAGCAUAUUAAUAGAUUUGCCAAAACCUCUUGAUAAGUACAGCGAAAAAGAAUAUAGAAAUUUUCAAGUUAAAUACGAUUCAGAAGGAUGGCCAGUUGAUCCAAAUACACGUGAAAGGACGGUUAGAGCGCUUCCUAAGAAAACAGAGUUUUCGCUAAAUUUGAUAUUUUUCUUGGCGUAUCCUCUAGCGAUAUGUUUACACAUUUGCGGUGCAUGCUGUUGUGUAAAGGACAUUGACGAAAUAGGAACAGAACAUUCCUGCUAUAAUUCUAUCAAUAUAGUAUCGAUGAAAAGAAAGAAUGGUUACUAUCGAUGCGGUCAGAAUCUCGAUAUUUAUCAGGAUAACGAUAAAAAAGAAGAAGAAGAUACGCAUUAUGUUAUUAAUCAGAUGAGAAGAAGUCAAAUAUCUCUUCAAAAUGACAUUUGAAUACAACUAUAUAACUUAAAUUAAAUUUAUAAAUGCA